GCAGUGCCUCCAUCAGGUCAGUGAAUCAUUUCAGGCAGCCGGUAGGCGUGAACAUGGAUUUGAAAGCUUUUGAAUCCUAUCACUCUCCGUUGAAGGAUUUCUACGAGGGAAAAAUCGUUCUGCUGACCGGUGGAACGGGAUUUCUCGGCAAGCUUUACAUCGAGAAGCUGAUUCGGUGUGGAGUUUCGAAAAUUCUCUUGCUUUCUCGGGCUAAAAAAGGUCUGACCCCUAAUGAAAGGUUAUCUUCAAUCCUCGGGUCCGAAGCGAUCUUCACAGGGUACAAGGAGAAUCCGGAGUUGUAUCAUGGUAAAAUUAAAAUUGUUGAUGGGGACGUGAGCAAGCAUCAGCUGGCAAUCAGCAAUGACGACAUGACGUAUAUCAUGAACAGCACAAAUAUCAUUCUUCACGCAGCUGCUGAUGUGCGUUUCGAUGAGUCGUUGAAGGAAUCCGUUGAAACCAAUGUCAGAGGAACUAGCGAGAUAUUGAAAAUCGCUGAACAGAUAAAAGCUUUAGAAGUGUUUAUCUACGUGUCGACUGCGUUUUCCAACUGCAAUCGGGAAAUGGUGGAGGAGAAAUUCUACGAACCGGUAUUCGAUCCGUACGCUUUAAUCAAAUUGAUCGAGCAGGAUCAGGAUGAGGAGAGUUUUCAGGUUAUUAGUAAGAAAAUUAUUGAACCAUGGCCGAACACGUACGCAUUUACGAAGUCCCUGGCGGAGGAGAUUGUGAGGCGUUACUCGAAAACAAUUCCAAUUGCAGUGAUACGGCCAUCAAUUGUCACGACCACCGAUAGUGAUCCGAUUCCCGGCUGGACGGAUAACAUCUACGGAUACAACGGGGUGGUUGUAGGGGCUGCCACUGGAGCGUUGCGGAUUUUCCACAUCAACAACGAUUACCGGGCGGACAUCGUUCCAGCGGAUUUAGUGGUCAAUGCUACACUGGCAGUCGGUUGGUACGCUGCCAGUCAUCGGGCAGAAACCAAUAUAAUUAAUUUCACCGUAGCGGACAAUCCCGUCAACUGGGAAACGGUUAUGACGGAACAGCUCAAGUGGAAAGGUAAGAUUCCUUUCCUGAAUGCGCUAUGGAUCACGACCUACAAUACCACCAAAUACUAUUACGUAUCGGAGUUUUUGAAAAUCUUCUAUCACGUGAUCCCGGCCAUUUUCUUUGAUUUGGCUCUCAAGUUUAACAGUCAGAAACCGAAGAUCCUCAAGCUGUACCGUAAGGUGCACAAAUUCUCCGAGGUGCUGAGCUUUUUCACCAACAACGAGUGGGACUUCCGCAAUGAACACUACCACAGGGUGAUGGACCAAAUGACCGCGGACGAUCAUCGGUACUUCCCGUGCGAUGUGAAGAAAAUCGACUGGGCUGAAUUCUUGGCUAACAAUCUGAAAGGCAUUCGGAUGUAUAUUAUGAAGGAAUCGUUGGAUAACUUGCCGGAUGCCAAGAGGAAGUACCGCCGGCAGAAGCUGGCACAUUGCGUUCUGUUGGCGGUGUAUUACGGGCUUUUUGUGUACGUUAUUUAUAGAGUUUUGAAUGCCUACGGUCUGUUAGAGGCGGUGGGUGAAUGGGCUUCGGAUUACACGUCCAGCCAGUGAUACGUUGAGUACUUACUGAAGGUGCAGGGAGGGGUUCAUAGUUGGGUUUUUUUAUGUAUAAUAAGCGGCUGACAGAACAAAUAUCUUUAAUGAAAGUUUUAUUAUCGACUUGCUUACACGCUAGACACAACGCUUACGAGUAUAUUGGAGAAUAAUUCACAUCUUACUGUCACAAUACGGUAGACUACCAAGAACAGCCCUCACGCGGAGCGAUACACUUAGAGCUAAGAUCAAACUUACAAAUCAACUAUUUACAAAUCAAUGACGUGUGUUUGCUUACUGUUUAGUCGUGUUGCUGAAUGUCAUGGAAAUGCGUUCCUCGUGAAAACACAACAACCUAAACUGACGUAAAGUAAUAAAUAACCUAUAAACUAAGCGAGAAAAUGUUUCUGCAUGCUUGCGCUUGUGUUUUCCUUUAUAUACAAAAAUUGCAUCUUUCGUAUUAUCUUAAGAUCUACAGGUUUAAAGCUCAUACUUGCGCGUCCUACACUACCUACUGCCAAAUGCUAAUGCUAACUUAACUUAGUUGAAAAUCAGUUUCUUCAAGAAAAAUAAAUAAAUCUGUCUCAAAAGA